AUGAAGCUACCGGUAAUUGUAUGCGCAGUUUUAGUGAACACUGUUCACGGUGAAUGCCAGUGGUGGUGGUGCGAAGGGUCAGAAGAUCCGGCAUUACUCGGAAGCUAUCAAGCUGAUUCUAAUGAAGUAUCUGUCAGCGGUGUAUCAUCUGGAGGCUACAUGGCCAUCCAAAUGCACGUGGCCUACUCGGCAAGUAUAAUGGGUUCUGGUAUACUUGCAGCAGGACCUUACCAUUGUGCCCAGGGUAGCGUUUUAACUGGUUUAGACGCCUGUAUGAGUAAUCCUGAGGAAAUUGUUUUACAAGACCUCAUUGAUUUCACUGAUACCAGUGCUACAAAAGAAGACAUCGAUGCAACGACUAACUUCGCUAGUGGCAAAACAUGGCUGUUCAGUGGUUUAUUAGACACUGCUGUUCACAGAGGCGUGGUAGUGGCAUUGGAAGAUUAUUGUAAACACUACAUGCCAUUGGCUAAUGUCAUGACAGAGUAUGGUAUCCCUGCUGGUCACGCCAUGAUUACAGAACAUUAUGGCAGCGUGUGUUCAACAGAGCAGCCACCUUACAUCAACGAUUGUGAUUACCCCUCACCCUAUGUUCUCAUGAAUCAUAUAUACGAGGGAACUUUAUCGAAACCUGCGUCCUAUGGAGGCGCUAUGCCAGGUGACAUGACGACUUUUAACCAGACGGAACUGGUGCCAGAAUUUGUAGGUUCCACUAGCUUGGAUUCAGUGGGUUAUAUUUACGUACCGACGGGAUGUGUAAGCACGCCAGGAUGUAAAUUGCACAUUGUUUUUCACGGAUGCUUGCAGGGAAGGAACGUACUUGGUGAGGAAUAUGCCUUAAACACGGGAUACAACGAAGUUGGUGAAGAGAAUGAUAUUAUAAUUGUAUAUCCUCAAGUCACUUCAAGUUUAGGCAACCCUAUGGGAUGUUGGGAUUGGUGGGGUUAUACCGACAGUAAUUAUGAUUUGAAAUCUGGCGUCCAAUUGGAAUUUAUAAAGAAUAUUAUUGACCGAGUUACUUCUUAAUUAGAUACGAUGAAAUAUUCAGUUUUUGUGGAGGUCACUUAUUUUCGUUAUUAUACUAUGAUAAAUACUUCGCAACCGAAUUAUGCUUCAUAUGUAUAUAUAUAUAUAUAUAUAAUACUAUUAAUGAUUCACGUGGACAAAUUAUAUAUAGUUACUAGGAAGCAACAAGUACACGAACGUCUCAGUAUUGUAAAUCUGCAAUGGUGAACAAUUGUCUGAAAUCGGAUUUUUGGUAAGAUAAUAAAUUUCAAAUUGUAAAUGUACACUU